GACAGUUCUCGGCAGUCACAGCGCAAAUUCACAUUCCAUUUUAACACGAACAAAUCAAACAAGCAAUAUAAAAAUUAUUAUUAUAGUUCUUAUAUAUAAUUUUAUUCCCCUAAAAUAUCAUAAACUAUAUCUUUUACAACUGUACUAAACAACAAUUGCAAAUGUGAUGAAAACAAGCCACGUUGAACAUUUUCAAUUUAACUUUAAAAAAUAAUACCUUGCAGUAUUAGACGGUAUUGUGUCUGAUUCAUGUUUCCACAUUCCAGAGCCACACAUUUGGAAGGAUGCGACGCAACUCAACUAGACUCAUCAAAUUAUCAAUUAUAUUCUUUAUUGCUGUUAUCCUAAUGGUAGUUCUGUACAAAUCAUUGUACGAUGAUUCAAGGCAUUUACCCGUGAAAAAGGAAAGGAUUCCUGAACACCCCAGGCAUGGAGCCUUCUUCUCAGGUGCACCGAAAAAUGUUAAUAAGAAGAAAAUUGAUUGGCAUGACUAUGAAAUGAUUAAGGCAGACAGUGCUAGACAGGGUGUGGGUGAAAGAGGUUUAGCUGGUCUUGUUUCCGUUGAGGAGAAUGAUCUUAAGGAGUCAAUGUACCGUGCCAAUGGGUUCAAUGCACUUUUGAGUGAUAAAAUAUCAGUCAAUAGGUCCGUUCCUGACAUACGGCAUCCAAAGUGCAAGGAAAAGAAAUAUUACAGCGAACUCCCAUCCGUCAGUGUAAUUGUGCCAUUUUAUGAGGAACAUUGGAGUACACUCCUACGAACCGCCUACAGUGUUCUCAAUCGCUCACCCCCCGAAUUAAUUGCAGAAAUAAUUUUAGUGGACGAUGGGAGUGAGAAAACCUUCCUCAAGGAUCCCCUCGAUCGCUUUGUUGAGUCAAAAUUGCCAAAAGUAAAGGUACUGCACCUUCAUGAGCGACAAGGAUUGAUCGGUGCACGCUUAGCAGGUGCCAAAAAAGCCACAGGUGAUGUAUUGGUCUUUCUGGAUUCCCACACGGAGGCCAAUGUGAAUUGGUUGCCACCACUUUUGGAUCCAAUUGCGGAAAAUUAUCGCGUAUGCACGUGCCCCUUUAUUGAUGUCAUUGCACACGAUACCUUUGAGUACAGGGCACAGGAUGAGGGGGCUCGUGGGGCAUUUGAUUGGCAAUUUCACUACAAAAGACUCCCACUCCUUGAGAAGGAUAAAGCAAACCCCUCUGAACCCUUUGCCAGUCCCGUAAUGGCAGGGGGACUCUUUGCAAUUAGUACGAAAUUCUUUUGGGAAUUGGGUGGAUAUGAUCCAGGAUUGGAUAUUUGGGGUGGUGAGCAGUAUGAGUUGAGUUUCAAGAUUUGGCAAUGUGGUGGGGCAAUGUACGAUAUCCCUUGCUCGAGAGUUGGGCACGUCUAUCGUGGUCCCAUGGAUGCCCGGCCUAAUCCGAGAAAAGUUGACUUUGUAUCACGAAACUACAAAAGGGUAGCCGAGGUGUGGAUGGAUGAAUACAAGAAUUACCUCUAUGAGAGACGUCCAGAAAACUACAAAGGACUCGAUCCUGGUGAUCUGACGGAACAGAAGGCAGUCCGGGAGAGACUAAAGUGCAAACCAUUCAAAUGGUUCAUGGAGGAGGUUGCAUUUGAUCUUAUAAAGAAGUAUCCGCCCGUGGAACCGGCAGACUAUGCAAGUGGUGUCAUUCAGAAUGUUGGGAAUCCCCAUUUGUGCGUUGAUACGCUCAAUGCGGGGAAUGGUGGAACAUUUGGGCUCUUCCCAUGUGCAGCAGAUCACGUACGUCCACAGAAAAAUCAAUGGUGGGCCCUGUCGUGGCGUCAGGAUUUGCGCCAGAAGCACGAGGAGUUCUGCUGGGAUGUAUCCAGCAGCGAAAAGAAUGCUCCAAUUCUUCUCUGGCACUGCCACACACAAGGGGGCAAUCAAUACUUUCGCUAUGAUCCUGUAAAUCAAUGGAUCCUCCAGGGAGUCUAUGAGAGAUGCGUCGAAGGUGAUCCAAUUGAAAAGACGAUCUUUGUUAAUAAAUGUGAUGAGGAUAAUCUGAAUAUGAAGUGGAAAUGGGGAUAUAUUAAUGAAACAGCGCUUGAAUUGUGGGAUGAAGAGAGAAAAAAGAAUGAUAAGAAACACUAAAAAGAAAAUUCAUGGCUCUCAAAAAAGUUCACAAAAGAAAUUCCUGGACCCCAAAAAAGCUCACAAAAAACACGAAUUAUCAAUAAAAUUAAGUAAUAGUAUUCAUAAUAAGGGAUUGAACAGUUUUUAACUUGCCAAUUAUUUUAUAAUUAUACGUAAUUCUAUUGCAAAAAAAAUGUUGUCUAGUCUUAAGAAUCGAUCAUAUCAGAAUAAAGCUCAAAAUUUAUAUAUUGUAGAA